AGUGACAACGCAAGUGUCAUUACUUAUUUUCUACUGCUGGAAUUCUCUGAGGUUCGGGACCUAAAGAUUAUACACUUUUUUGUCUUCCUUACACUGUAUCUACUGACCAUGACUGGGAAUCUUCUCACCAUCUUUGCAAUAGUUUUUGACCAUCAUCUGCACUCUCCUAUGUACUUCUUCUUGAUGAAUUUGGCCAUAUUGGAUCUUGGAUCAGUCUCUGUAACCAUACCUAAAUAUUUAGUUAACUCCUUAUUGAAUACCAGAUGGAUUUCUUACUCUGGAUGUGUUGCACAGGUUUUCUUCCUAAUAUUCUUUUUGGCAUCUGAUUUUGCUCUACUCACAGUGAUGGCUCAUGAUCGGUACGUUGCCAUUUGUAACCCUUUACACUAUGAAACAAUAAUGAACAAAGCAAGCUGCAAACAAAUGGUUGCCAGUGCCUGGAUCAGUGGCCUUCUAUAUGGAGCAAUGCACACUGGUAGCACUUUUGCAAUUUCCUUCUGCUCCAAUAUUGUUGACCAAUACUUCUGUGAAAUACCCCAACUACUCAAGCUCUCCUGCACCAACUUACACCUUAUUGAAAUUAGUGUUAUAGUACUGAGUGUUGGUAUAGCUUCUUGUUGUUUAAUUUUCAUCAUUAUUACUUAUGUACAAGUCUUCUCUACAGUACUGAAAAUACGCUCUGUGCAGGGAAGGAAAAAGGCCUUUUCUACCUCCCUUCCUCAUCUCAUUGUCAUUUCCAUGUUUGUAUUUACUGGGCUCUUCGCCUACAUUUUACCUGCAUCUAAUUCCCCAUCAGACCAUGGUGUUAUAUUUGCAGGUAUGUAUUCUGUGGUGCCUCCCAUGAUGAAUCCAUUCAUCUAUAGCUUAAGAAAUAAAGAGAUCAAGGUUGCUCUCUGGAAAAUGCUAAAUAUGAAGGUUUCUUAUAAGAAACCAUUAUUGGAAAUAAAUAAGAUAAGAUGCAUGAUGUGA